GAGAGAAUCAUGUACAGCAGCGAAGUACGACAUGUGCAUGUAUUUGUUCUUAGUGUCUUCUUCAGGUAUCAUAAAUAGGUUCGAAAGAUCCUAAGAUUUCCUCUAUCAUUCUCCCUCUCAUUACAAUAUCUUGAAUCAAACACUCGAUAAACAAUCAACUCAAAAUACUUUUACAAAUCCACAAACUACGACUUCAAGUCCACCAAACUACAACCAAACACAUCUCCCUGAAUUUUCGAAGCAGUUUCUCAAACUUUUAAAUUCAUCAAAAUGUCUAAAAUCAGAGGGCCCAAGUCUAAUGCAAAUCGCCGCAACCGCGCCACCCGUCGCACUGAUCGACUUGCUCAUGUUCCUCCUCAUUCCCUGAUCGAUUAUGCUGCAAGCCCCGCAGAUCUGACCAUCUACCUAGAAUUCUGUAACUCCAGAUCAGUCGAAGGAGAGAAGAAGCUUUUCGAUGCACUUGUCGAAACCAUUCCUAAGUAUGGUGAUGAAACAAAUAUCAUUCAUCUGAGAAUGAUUUUAAGUGUCUUGCCUAACGACAACGAGAGAGUCAACCGUCGUGAUGUUCUCGCUCGUGUCGUUGAAAUCAUCAACGACUUUCCACACAUCAAGGAGAUGAAUUUCUGCCUUGAUAUUCAUCACUAUGACUUGGAGCAAGUCAGAUGUGCGUCUGCAAUCUACGGGCUCAAGUUCCCUGAUUGGACUUUCGAUAUGAAGGUAGAAGAUCGAGAUGCCCAACGAAUUUUGUACAACUCACGCAUCGAUCGUCAACUUCGUGCAGCAGAAGCAAAGGCACUCCAACGAGAUUCGUAGGGUCAAGGGGAAGGGGGCGUGGGUUACGGAGGGGUUAGAGAUACAGAUCAAUAUUAAAUAUUGAUCAAAGAUGGAGUGUAAUUCGUUCAGGUAUGGGGGAGUAUGAACAUGAUCAAUGCUUGUCCUGAGUUCAGGAUAAAAUGUUGCAUGGGCCGAGAAUCAUACGGAGGCUGGGUUUGUGGUUGCUUUUAUUAAUCUUAUUCCACAUUUUAUGGCGAAGGACCGUUUUUGACUGCACCGAAGGCAUGAAUGUUGGUUGUGAUA